CUACGGACGGAUCAAAAUGGGAAAAUGAUUGGUUAAUCUGACCCAAUCAAAUUUACUCUUAGAAACUUACAUGCAAUUUAUGCAGAAUAGAGCCAGCAUUCCAAAUUUGCCUCGGAAAAAGUUUGUCAGCUUUACGAAUUUUUAUAACAUUGACAAAGCAGGGUCAAACUAGUCUUUAAAACGACGGUAGUGAUUCUCAAAAGCUGAAUAAAGCGGUGGAAGAUAUAUCUUUGAUUCAAGAUAUCAAUCCCGUCUCUUAGGCCGUGUGACAUUGUUUGUCGACAUUGUUUGUCAACGUUGCGAAGCACCGAGCAGGACAACUGUGGUGUGUGUACGAACACAAAGCUGAUGAUCUUUUGAAAAACGUCCUGCCAAGAUGUGGUUUUACUUCCUAUCGCACGUUGCUUAUCAUUUCACUCGAUGGUUUCCAAAGGACAACCGAACAGUCGUAAGAAUUGUGGUAAUUCUCUGGUCCCUGCUAUUCUUGGUUCCACAAGUUUACGUCAUACUGCUGCCACGAAGCUCAAAGUUCUGUGAUCAGCCCCUUCUAAGCAUUAGUGUUGCUUGCGUUGUUUUUACAUUUGCAAUGAUUGCCUUCUCCUUCCUGUUCACCAUGAUGGAGCCUGUCCCUUGGCAGCUCAAGAUCGCGUUCCAUUUCUUUGGAUUUGGGUCUCUGUUAAUGGGGCUUGUUUUAUUUGCAUCAACCUUAGAUGCUGAGACAUGUGUACUCUACACACCAGAACUUUUUUACCUGUGCAUGUCAUUUGGAAUAUUUGCGAUUCUUUCAAGUGGCUUCAUCUUGCUCAUGUUGCCAUUCUGGUUGGUGAACUACUUAUGGCCGGACUCAGUUUUAAACCGACGUGAGAGAAGGGGAGUUUGUUAUGAGCCUGUCAAAUGCUGCACUUGUUUGUGGCACAUCUAGAGGAUGGAACUGUGCUCUGUGCAAGUAUCAUGUAUCUAGUGGGGUGCGAAGAGUAAAAACUGAGACUACACACCUCCCACCAACAAAUCCUCGUGAUGCGCAUGCAAUGAUGUGUGCAUGUGAGAGAAACAGAGUUUGGUACAAACCAAUCACACUUGACACAACCACAUGCUUUUCGGCGCUCAUGGUUAACAGUCUAACGGCCACUGAAACUGCAAAAUGGCUUCUUUCACCAAAAGCCAGUAGAGAAUGGGAAACGAAAAAACGCAAGGUGCAUGUGUGACUGAAAAUAAGUGUAAACUACAUUGAAAGCACCGAGUCUUAUUCAAGUGAUUGUACUACAGCUCCUGUCAAGUUGAGCUCUGUUUUGGCUCCUGGUGAAAGAUUAUGUAUAUGUGCACUGCCCAACCUAAUAGGUGAUUAGAUAAUUGGGCUAAUUUGCGUUUUUUUUUUGUUAGGGAUAAUAGCCUUACAAUAAAUAACUGGAAUGAAUUGAAAUUAGUCAGAUUUAUUGAUUCUGUCUUAACCUAACUUUUCAGAUAAAAUACUAACCAAAAACUAGAAUAUAGAGAAAAUACAAUAUUUUGUAGAUAACUAUUGUAAAUAGAGGGAUAUUUUUUACCUAAUAUUUAUUCUGUAACUAAUACAUAAUUACCAAUAAAAAACAUUUGAUUCUCUUAA